UCUGUCUGUGUCUGUGUCUCUGUCUGUUGUCGUUUCAGGACGAGGAGGAGGAGAUCAAGUUGGAGAUCAACAUGUUGAAGAAAUAUUCUCACCACAGAAACAUCGCCACCUACUACGGAGCUUUUAUCAAGAAGAGUCCCCCAGGACACGACGACCAACUCUGGUUGGUGAUGGAGUUCUGUGGCGCUGGUUCCAUCACGGAUCUGGUCAAAAACACCAAAGGAAACCAACUGAAGGAAGAUUGGAUCGCCUACAUCUCCCGAGAAAUCCUCCGGGGUCUGGCUCAUCUUCACGCUCACCACGUCAUCCACCGAGACAUAAAAGGACAGAACGUUCUACUGACGGAGAACGCAGAAGUCAAACUGGUGGACUUCGGGGUCUCGGCUCAGUUGGAUCGGACCGUGGGUCGGAGGAACACGUUCAUCGGGACGCCGUACUGGAUGGCGCCGGAGGUGAUCGCCUGCGACGAAAACCCGGACGCCACCUACGACUACAGGAGUGAUCUUUGGUCGUGUGGAAUCACGGCGAUUGAAAUGGCAGAAGGAGCUCCUCCUCUGUGUGACAUGCACCCGAUGAGGGCGCUGUUCCUCAUCCCCAGAAACCCCCCGCCCCGACUCAAGAGCAAGAAAUGGUCUAAGAAGUUCUUCAGCUUCAUCGAGAGUUGUCUGGUGAAGAACUACACUCAGCGUCCUCCCACCGACCAACUCCUCAAACAUCCCUUCAUCCGAGACCAGCCCAACGAACGACAAGUGAGGAUCCAACUCAAGGACCACAUCGACCGCACCAAGAAGAAGAGAGGAGAGAAGGAUGAGACUGAGUACGAGUACAGCGGAAGUGAAGAGGAGGACGAAGAUCCUCCUGAGCAAGAAGGAGAACCCAGCUCCAUCGUGAACGUCCCCGGGGAGUCGACGCUGAGGAGGGACUUCAUCCGUCUGCAGCAGGAGAACAAGGAAAGAUCUGAAGCUCUGAGGAGACAACAGCUCCUCCAGGAACAACAGCUGAGAGAACAAGAGGAGUACAAGAGACAACUGCUCGCCGAGAGGCAGAAGAGGAUCGAGCAGCAGAAGGAGCAGCGCAGGAGGCUCGAGGAGCAACAAAGACGCGAACGAGAGAUGAGACGACAGCAGGAGAGAGAGCAGAGACGGAGAGAACAGGAGGAGAAAAGACGAGUGGAAGAGAUGGACCGAAGGAGGAAAGAAGAAGAAGAGAGGAGGAGGGAGGAGGAGAAGAGGAGGAGCGACCGAGAGCAGGAGUACAUCCGCCGGCAGCUGGAGGAGGAGCAGCGACACCUCGAAAAACUGCAGGAACAACUUCUGAGAGAACAGGCCAUGUUACUGGCGGACGAGCGUUACCGUAAGAACAUUCAAGGUUCUCCUCAGACGUCCGCUCAGACCAAACCUUCAGUUCCUCCUCGUUCCUCUGAGCCUUUCUCAAACGGGCCAGCAGAGGGCGCCAUGCACAGACCCAUGGAGCCACAGGUGCAGUGGUCUCACCUGGCCGCUCUGAAAAGCAGUAGCGGCGGGAGCGCCCCCUGCCCUCCUCCGCCGGUAGCGCGCUCUCAGUCCUUCAGCGAGGCCAAUGCCGUGUCCAACUUUGCGCAGCUGCACCUGCGAAACAACCAGGAGGCCACGCCCUCUCCCCCGCCCCCCUUGCACCUGCCCCCGGCCCCGCCCACUGACGAGGCCCCGCCCAAGGUUCCGGUCAGGACCACGUCUCGGUCUCCGGUUCUGUCCCGAAGAGAGUCGCCCCUCCCCCAGGCCCAGGCCGCCAGGAACCCCCCCAGCGGCGUGGACCCUCGUCCGCUCUGGGAUCGGGUGGAGAAGCUUCAGUCUCGUCCGAGCAGCGGGAGCUCGUCUGGAUCCAACUCCAGCGCCCAACAACCUCCAGAACGAUUCAGAGCGCGUUGUGAGUCUCCUGCGGCGUCGAAGUCGGAGGGUUCUCCUCUGCAGCGUCCGGAGAAUCUGAAGAAACCAGAAGAGAAGAGCUCCAGACCCCAGAGGCCCGCGGACUUGACGGCGUUGGCGAAGGAGCUGCGCGCCGUGGACGACCGGCCUCCUCACAAAGUCACGGACUACUCCUCCUCCAGCGAAGAGUCCGGAACCACCGACGAAGAGGAGGAAGAGGAGGUGGAGCAGGAGGCCGGAGACGAGUCCACGUCCGGGAACGAGGACUCGCGCAUCGGUCUGUCCCGCGGUUCGUACCGACGCGUCAGUAACGGCGAGAGCGACUCGGCCAAAACCAUGUUGGCCGAAGACUCCGAGACCGAAGCCACGACCCCGAGUAAAGACGGAACCUUGGUGAUUCGCCCGAGUCUGAGUCGUUCUCCGGCGUCGGCUCCUCCGUCCGGUCCGGCUCCUCCUCCUCCGGCUCCGCUCCUGCACCUGCCGGACCUGAUCCAACAGAGCCACGCCUCCCCCGCCCCCGGCCCCGCCCUCCCGCACCUGUCGCACCUGUCGCACCCGUCACACCCGUCUGUCCUCUCCCCCUCCCUCUCCCAGCUCUCCCCCCUCGACAGGCUGCUCAUGGAGUCUCAGUCUGAGAACAGCUCCAUGUCCAAACACAAGUCGUCCUCGUCUUUCACUCCGUUCAUCGACCCCAGGCUCCUGCAGAUCUCCCCGUCCAGCGCCAGCUCCCUCAACAACAUGGCGGUGUUUGGUUCAGACGGGCGUCUCGUGGAGCAGCUCCGUUCGGAUCCGUCUCGUAAAGGUUCCGUGGUGAACGUGAACCCGGUGAACACUCGUCCUCCGAGCGACACUCCGGAGAUCAGGAAGUACAAGAAGAGGUUCAACUCCGAGAUCCUGUGCGCCGCGCUGUGGGGAGUGAACUUGCUCGUGGGCACAGAGUCGGGGCUCAUGCUGUUGGACCGGAGUGGACAGGGCAAAGUUUAUCCUCUGAUCAACCGCAGGAGGAUUCAGCAGAUGGACGUUCUGGAGGGACUCAACGUUUUAGUCACGAUUUCAGGAAAGAAGAACAAGCUCCGGGUUUAUUACCUGUCGUGGCUCCGGAACAAAAUCCUCCACAACGACCCGGAGGUGGAGAAGAAGCAGGGCUGGGUCAACGUGGGCGACCUGGAGGGAUGUGUGCACUACAAAGUCGUAAAAUACGAGAGGAUCAAGUUUUUAGUUUUGGCUCUGAAGAAUUCAGUGGAGGUUUACGCCUGGGCCCCGAAACCCUACCACAAGUUUAUGGCUUUUAAGUCUUUCGGGGACCUGGUGCAUAAGCCGCUCCUGGUCGACCUGACUGUGGAGGAGGGUCAGAGGUUAAAGGUCAUCUACGGGUCGGUGUCGGGGUUUCACGCCGUCGACGUCGACUCGGGCGCCGUGUACGACAUCUACCUGCCCACACACAUCCAGACGAGUAUCCAGUGUCACGCCAUCAUCAUCCUCCCGAACACCGACGGCAUCGAGCUGCUCGUCUGUUACGAGGACGAAGGCGUUUACGUCAACACGUACGGACGCAUCACCAAAGACGUCGUCCUGCAGUGGGGAGAGAUGCCCACCUCUGUCGCCUACAUUAGGUCGAACCAGAUCAUGGGUUGGGGGGAAAAGGCCAUCGAGAUUCGCUCUGUGGAGACGGGACAUUUGGACGGAGUCUUUAUGCACAAAAGAGCCCAGAGACUCAAGUUCCUCUGCGAGCGGAACGACAAGGUGUUCUUUGCGUCGGUGCGUCAGGGCGGGGCCAGUCAGGUUUACUUCAUGACACUGGGCCGCACGUCCCUCAUGAGCUGGUAACAUCCCAGAACCCGACCAGGACUCCACCACCGGGACUUAAAACCCCGGACCGGGACCAGGACUGGGACCAGGACUGGGACCAGGACUGGGACCAGGACUGGGACCAGGACCGGGACGGCCGAGCGGAGGACGGCGCCCCCCGGUGGCCGCUCCUCUUUGUGUCAUAAUAAAAGUGUGUCUUUGUGAAGAGCGGUGAGCCGGCGCGGGAAGACGCAGCGGGACUUUUACUUUGAAAGGACGGCGCUCGGCUCACUGCUUCCUGUUUAGUCCAGGUCUGAAUCAGGUAGAAUUUGCUUGUUUAAAAUACUAACACUGAGUUCGGCCGACGUCACGACUUCACCUCCAGAUUCUGUUUGGAGAAAGAACGACUGGGUUACACUUUUAGACGGAGCAGUUCCAGGAUCUCGCAAAUCAUCUCAAAUAUCUGCACGUUUCUUUAAAAUGUCAAAUAUUACGACGUUUUCUGAUCGAUUCUAACGUCGUUUCCUCGUCACAAACUGAGCUGGACGUGUGUUUUGUUUCAAUUGUAAAUGUUGAAAAGAGAAUUUACCAGAUUUUGGCUGUGAUUUCUGACAACCUGAUUUUGUGUCCUCGAUUCAGUGUCAGAUCGUAAAAAACGAACAUCAGCGACGCGACGGAAACAGACGAUAAAACGUACAACAAAAUGAGUGACGGACACAGAGACGCGAAAUACAAACUCGGGAAACAGCGAAAAAUAAUGAUUUAAAUUUAUUCCUCACGGCUUUAAAGUGGUAAAUUUAAACUGCUGCGUUUCAUUCACAUUAUUCUUCACGAUCGGAGAUUUGAAGUCUUUGUGAGUGGAAAUUCUAAGUCUUCACAAUUGGAGAUUUUAAGUCUUUGUGAUCGAAGAUUUUCGGUCUUUGGGGUCGGAGAUUUUCAGUGUCUGCGAGCGGAGAUUUCGAAGUCUUCGCGAGCGGAGAUUUGAAGUCUCAUCAGAUUCUCCUCGUGUUUGUGGUUUGCAUUUUUUUGUCUCACAUUUAAAACCGAAAAAUCCCGUAGUGUGUCGCGGCCUUAACACACAAACCUGCAGAUUUAGGCUGAGCUCUUCUCUCAAACUGUCCACUUGAAAACUUCAUGACAUCACAACGUGGAACAGAGCCUUCUGAGCUUUGAAGAUGUAGACAAAUAAUAUAAUAAUAAUAAAUCAUUACUCCAACAUGUGAAUGAAACAAAACUAGAGUGAGCAGACGUCCCCUGUCCCAGCAGAUUUAUCAAAAAUAAACAGUCAUUUGUCAAGAAAACAAGUGAAUUUAUACAAGAAAUCUCCCUUUUGUUCCUAUUUUUGACCAAUGUGAUCCCCACAAACUGUAAAGACGGGAAUAUAUCUUCAUUUAUUUAGUUAAAAUACAGAAAACUGAGCUUGAAAACGAACAUGAGAAGAAAAAAAUGCAGCGUCAGAGUCUCUCAGAUUAACAUUGACCCACAUAGUAAAUUAAGAACGGACGGUUAGUUCCAGUUUCGCUCUUUUCACAGUUUUAUUUUUUUUACCAACCGUCGAAACUCCGUGAAAAUCUGAUCACACAAGCCCGGCUCUGUUUGUGACGAGGGAUUUGGAGCAUUAGAACGUGACUCUUGAGUGAGACGGGACGUGUCCUGAGACGUCCUCACGUGUUUUUAAUCCGUGUAAAAGCUGCUGAACCUGAACUUUCCAAAAACCCGCCGUGUAAAUACGAAAGCGACGCUCCAGAUCCCAAUUUCUCCGCAGAAUCCGAUGGCGAAGCCGUCGGGACGCCGCCCGGACGAUCUAACACUAUUCUGCUACGCGCUUUCUGUCAAAAUCUCAAGCCACUUCCUGCCUUUCGGAGUCGAGGUGUUAGGGACCUUUUUUUCCUGAGCGAACCCGCGAUCACGACAGGGAACCACGCAGUCACACGUUUAAAUCUCCUUUUGAAUCGCACCUCUUUGCCUCAAAAAUACUGAAACCAACUUCGAAUUUUUUUCCAAUGCACUGUUUUGAAUGCUGCACACAACCUUAACCCAACAUAUUUUAAAACAGUAAUCGUAUUUAUCAUGUUUUGGACGAUGUUAUUGAUUGACGAAAACGGAAAAAAAAAAAAGUGGAAUUUUACUGUGAAAUUUGUAGCGCACAGCCGUAUACGUAGCAUGGUUUUGAGGGCGAAUCGUGCAUGCAGUCGAUCAUGGCUUGAAAAAUCACCUUUGAAAUCAUAGAAAUCAUGGUUUGAAAUGAUAAACGCAUCAUAAAAAUAAAAAGAAGAAGAAGAAGGGGGCGUGGCUCCGUGUAACCGUACAGCGACGCCCUUUCACAAUAAAACACCGGUGCUAUUCAUACACUAAUGAAUGGACUCGAAUGGACCUGUUUUUUGGAGCUUUUGUUUUGAAACUCCUCCAAUAAUAAUAAUAAUAAUAAUUUCCUUUGUUUUUUUUCGAGGUCCGUGCCUUCUCUGUUUUCGCUGCCAUCAAUUGUAACCUUUUAUUGUGAAGGUGUACCUACCGACUUAAACCUACCUAACUUCCUACUGCUCUUAUUUUGAAGGCCAAAUCUACUGGACAGUGUUACCAAAAGGCAUAUUUUUAAACUCCGUAAAAAAAACAAAAAAAACACAACGCUUCGUUUUUAGAUUUUUACGACUGUCUGAGGAAAUGGCCGCCGUUCUUUUGUAUAUCUCCACACUUUGUUGUUUACAGUUUUGUGCACCAAAAUUUGAAUAUUUAUGGUUUAAUUUCGGGCUCCUGUUUUGUACUCUUUAUUUUAUUUGAUUUUUUUUUUGUUUUUUUUUGUACCUUUAUCAUUUAAACGUUUAUUUUUGCGAACAGGAAACAGCUCCGGCCCCUCUGGCCCCUCUGUGUGUUCUGUGGGAAUUACUGUAUUUUCCUCAAGGUCUUUUUUCCAUUGAAUAAAAUCUUAAGUAAUUUAA